AUGGGGCCGAGGACCUCGAUACAAAUCGGUAAAAACUCCAUCGAGGGGAGAGCUCCGUCGUACUUUUUGAUCUUCUCGUCAGAUGCCCUGGUUGCAGCCAAACCGCUUUCUUUGCUACACCUGCCGGCUCUCCAAGGGAUCAAGGUACACCCGUCAGGGCGCUUACCGUCGUGCGCCGCAAUGCCCGACGGUUCCUUUAAAACCGGAAUUGAGGCCUUGGAGAAAAAUAGGAAGGGCUGCAACUACGAAGUUGAUGGCUUAAUAAACGGCAAUGAUAAUUACGCACCGCCCAUGAAAUACAACCGUAAUAUAUUAACGUCUGAAAAAUGA